ACCGAGGCGGGAGGCGAGCCGCACCCAGGCUCUUUCAGCUUUGGCAUCUGAGAGAAGCACGCCACAACAAUGGCCAGAGGUUUGAAGAAGCACUUGAAGAGGCUCAAUGCCCCGAAGCACUGGAUGCUUGACAAACUAGGCGGUGCCUUUGCACCAAAGCCAUCUUCUGGGCCCCACAAGUCAAGGGAGUGCUUGCCACUUAUCCUUAUCCUGCGUAACAGGUUGAAGUAUGCUCUCACCUAUAGAGAAGUUAUUGCCAUCUUGAUGCAGCGCCAUGUUGAGGUUGAUGGCAAGGUUAGGACAGACAAGACAUAUCCAGCUGGUUUCAUGGAUGUUGUCUCCAUUCCGAAGACCAAUGAAAACUUCCGUCUUCUUUAUGAUACAAAAGGACGUUUCCGACUGCAAUCUAUCAGGGAUGAAGAAGCAAAGUUCAAGCUUUGCAAGGUUAGAUCUGUGCAAUUUGGACAGAAGGGCAUCCCUUGUCUCAACACCUAUGAUGGGCGCACCAUCCGUUAUCCUGAUCCAUUAAUCAGGGCAAAUGACACCAUCAAACUAGACUUGGAAACUAACAAGAUCACUGACUUCAUCAAGUUUGAUGUGGGUAACGUGGUCAUGGUGACUGGAGGAAGGAACAGAGGCCGUGUUGGCGUUAUCAAGAACAGGGAGAAGCAUAAGGGAAGUUUUGAGACCAUCCACGUUCAGGAUGCAACUGGUCAUGAAUUUGCCACUCGUAUGGGAAAUGUGUUCACGAUUGGCAAAGGUACAAAACCAUGGGUUUCUCUUCCCAAAGGCCGUGGUAUCAAGUUAUCUAUUAUUGAGGAGGCUAGAAAGAGGCUGGCUGCUCAACAUGAGGCAACUGCAUAAACUUGAUUACAUCAUGUUGUUGGACAACGUAGCUAUAGAUUGUCUUAA